AUGGUAUACGGCGGGAAGCCGAGCACGGGGUGUCAGAAUUGCCGGAAACGUCGCAUCAAAUGUGAUGAAACACGCCCGCAUUGCAAAGCAUGUGUUCGGACGGGCCGGUCCUGUCCGGGGUAUCCCCAUCCCCUUGAUGUCGUGCUGAGGGACCAGGUCGCAUUCCGUCGCAAAAAGCGCGAUACGUCUAGUGCGGUCUCAACUCCGGGAGCGGUGUCAAACCAAUCAUCACCCGCCGUGGUAGCAUCAAACGAUGCGUUGUCCAACAGCAGCUCCAAUGCCAGUUCGCCAUCUGGCCCACUACUGCCCGCGCAGUCAGUCCCCAGGGCCCUAUUCCUAUCCAUCGAGGAUACCGUGACCUCGAUGUUCUUCAACUCGUUCAUCUACUCGCCGAGAGAUCCGCUGAUCCUGCAGGGAUUCAUGGAUAUCCUUCCGGAUGUUUUUAUCUAUGCGCAGCCGGGGUCUCCGUUGCAUGUCAGCACCCUGGCGGUGUCAUUCUUUUCGGUAUCGGCUUGGACGGGGAAUCGGGCGUUUCUUCAGUCGGCGGAGCAGUUGUUUGUCAAGGCGUUGGCUAAGACGAGGAAGGCGUUGCAGGGCGAUAUUAGUCGGAAUGUGGAUGAUAUCUUGAUGGCGAUUCUUUUGCUGUCGACUUAUGAGGAGUUUUGUGCCAUGAAAGAGGGCAGAUAUCCAACGAGAACGCAUCUGCGGGGUGCUGUUGCCCUGGUUAACAGCAAGAGUCCGGCUCAGCGGUCAUCCAUUUUGUCUUUGACUUUAGAGACUGCCGUGCAAGUUCAGCUAGUCAAAUCAUCCAAAGGCCUUCCCUAUCCCACCAUGGCCACUCCAACCGUAUGGCGCACAGCCCCAGCCGCGCCCCAGACCGCAACCACACAGCUCUGGAUGGCCACCUCCGAGCUCGCCAGUCUCCGCCAAGCAUGGGACCAAUUCAACUAUGCAAACGCCUACCACAUCAAAGAAGUCGAGGAGCUCCUCGCACGAGCUAUCCGUCUCGACGCCCAACUCGAAGCCUGGACCUACGCACUCCCAACACACUGGAAACCCGUCCCGGCGACCUCCAUUCCCCCCUCCGUCCGACAGGCCGGCAUGUACAAGAACCGCUGCGACUGCUACACCGACAUGUGGGUCGCCGGAACGUGGAACUUCUACCGGGAUUCCCGCAUCGUCGUACAGAAUAUCAUCCGCUGUUGUUUAGAGCUGCUGCCGGGUAGUACGUCCGAACAGAUCCAGGCGUCGGUGGAGAUGAUCUACAGAUUGUCGCUAGAUAUGUGCGGCACAGUGCCGUAUAUUCUAGGCAGCCAGACGAUGUCGGUGCAUGUGGGGCAGGAGAAGAUCGAGUAUCCUGAGGCUGAUGGACGACGGGUGACGGCGGCGCAUCAUCAGACGGCCGCGUUGAUCGGGGGGUGGGUGGUCUCGUGUCACUUGUCGAAUUUGCAGCUGUUUUGUCGGGAUGCGGAGUUGAAUGCGUGGGCGGGGGUGCAGAAGGAGCGCGUGUUGCGGAUAUAUACGUUUGGAGGGAACCUUCAUAGUGCAGCUAGUGCAGCUAGUGCAGCUUCAUAG